AGCGCAAACUGCAGUCUCACUCACUCUGUCUCUCCUUCUAUCUCCCGUCCUCUAGCUCUGCAUCUUUUCCAUCCCUCCCACUCUCAUAAAAAAUAUUCACCCUUUCUGUCACUAUCUCCUUUCCCUCUUGCUGGUCUAGCUGGUGCAGUUAGUCUCUCUAACUCCCCAUUACACUCUUGCGCUCACUCUCUCUCUCGCUCUCUCUCUUUCUCUGUCUCUGUCUCUCUCUCUCUUGCUCUCUCUCUCUUGCUCUCUCACUCUCCCUCCUGCGCUGCCUCCCUCCCUCUCUCCCGCCCUCAUUGUGGAGAUCUUUAAAGCUCCCAGCAGCACACAGUCCUCUCCUGCCUGGGAAACAUGUCAGCCAUUCUGGACCUGGACCAGAUCGCAUGCUCUGGGAAUGCAGUGGAGCAUGAUAUCGAGACUACCCAUGGCGUGCUCCAUGUGACCAUGAGGGGCGUUCCCAAGGGCAACCGGCCAGUCAUCCUCACCUACCAUGACAUCGGCCUCAACCAUAAGUCAUGCUUCAACACGCUGUUUAACUUUGAGGACAUGCUGGAGAUCACGCAGCACUUUGCUGUGGUCCACGUGGACGCCCCCGGACAGCAGGAGGCGGCACCACCCUUCCCCACAGGGUACCAAUACCCUACUAUGGACGAACUGUCUGAGAUGCUGCCCUCGGUUAUGACUCAGCUCAAGGUGAACAGUGUGAUUGGGAUUGGCGUGGGAGCAGGAGCCUACAUCCUAUCCCGGUUUGCACUGAACAACCCUACUCUGGUAGAGGGCCUGGUUCUGAUCAACGUGGAUCCGUGUGCCGAGGGAUGGAUUGACUGGGCUGCCUCCAAGCUCUCUGGGUGGACCAGUAACAUUGUGGACACUGUGAUGGCUCAUCACUUCAGCACUGAUGAGCUGACAGACAACCAGGAGCUGGUCCAGACCUACCGCCUUCACAUCGCCCAGGACAUCAACCAGGACAACCUGGCCCUCUUCUGUGCCUCCUACAACGGUCGUCGGGAUCUGGAAAUCGAGAGGCCAGUCUUUGGUCUUAAUGAGGACACAGUGAACACACUGACGUGCCCUUCUCUGUUGGUGGUUGGAGACACAUCUCCUGCAGUGGAGGCAGUGGUGGAGUGCAAUUCCAGGUUAAAUCCAAUCAAGACUACACUGUUUAAGAUGGCUGAUUGUGGAGGCUUACCUCAGGUUGUGCAGCCAGGGAAACUGGCAGAGGCCUUCAAGUACUUUGUUCAGGGUAUGGGUUAUAUUCCCUACGUUCUUCUCAGUCACCUGAGCAACGAAUCAGUGCCCACGGCUGGAAUGACUCGUCUGGCCCGAUCCCGCACCACCUCCUCUACCAGCAUCACCUCCAUGGACAGCAGCCGCAGCCGCAACCUCAACAACCUGCUGGAGGGAGCCAACACCACCGGGGGCCUGGACAACCAGCCUGGGCCCCAGACCAUGGAGGUCUCCUGCUAAACUUCCCUAUCUCUUCCUCACUCCACACCGGGUAGCAGCCCUCAGUGGUGCCCCUAUCCUCCUCCAGUAACUUAUGUCUCCCUGUCUCUCUCUCCAACCCUGCUCCUAAGCUACUCAAUGCCAGGGGGUUCUGUGAUGAAUUGUGUGAUUAAUAUGAGAAUAUAUAUACAAAUGCAUAUUAAAUAUUAUACUGUAUACACGUCAAACUUCCAGUCACAAGCGGAGGGGACAAAAUAAGGAAUGAGUCAGAUAUACAUAUACUGUAUACUCAAAGGGUCUAGAGAUGGUACGAUCCCCCACCCAUCAUUUGAUAUGUGUGCAUGUCUCCUUGUGCAAAGUGAAUCUGGAGACUUACUCUUCCAGAUUCAAUUACUAUAUGUCCCUCCUCUUAUUUUGUUUUUCCCAUUAUUGCCUUUCACUUAUUUUAUUUAUUUGGUUCACCAUGUGUCUGUGUGUAGAGGAUUGGUUCCUGCAUCACAGGAGGGGUUGAAGAGUCCCAUCUCUCACAUCCACUGUAGCCCAAACACACACUCCCUCCUCAGUCCUUCUCUAUUCCUCUUAUCUAGAACAUAUUUAAACUAAAUACCUACAUUCAUUGCACAUUUUUAGACCACUUUUUUAAUUUAUAUUUUUUACGUUGUGAACUGUGAACACACGCCUCCUUUGAUUGUGUGGCAAAGUGUAGAUGUGUGAUAUACUGUACUGUACCUUGCUGCACUGCUCUGUUCUGCCAAGUCACUCCAUUCACACUGUAGAAUGAUCACUCAAGCUGGGUACAAAACAUAAUACUCAUGAUUUUCAAUACAUUUCUCUGCAUUGUGUUCUUUUCCCAGGUGUAUGUGACAAAAAAAACGCAUUAACAAAUAUAUAGUGGCCCAGAUGACAGAAUGAAUACACUGUUGGUUGGACUAGGACAUUAUACUUGCUUUUUAGGAGGAAUAUGGAAAAGCAUAAAGAAAGGCAAUAGGAAAGAACUGUGGGCCAAUGUGAUUGUGUAGAUUACAUUUUCCUUUCAUCUGUGUGUUUUAAAAAUGCUUUUUCUUUGUAAUUGAUGUCAUCUUUUUCCUUUUUCUGUUUUACACUUUUGUAGUUUUUUUAGUCUGUUGACUCAUCUCUUGAGUAGACAUAGACAAUGAAUAACAACUUCAGCCUGUUAUGAUGUGGAAAUGUGUUCAGUCUUCACUGAGGGUCAGUGGUGCUUCCCACUGUCUGCUGAUUCAACUCAUUUAUACUACUGUACUACUAAAUAAAGCUAGAAGAUGAAAAUA